AUGUCUGAGAGUGAAGAGGCCAGUGAGUAUGUUUGUUCUGAAGAGGAGAGUUCCCAGACAGAUAGUUUUGUAGAAGGGCUUAUAGAAGCUAGGAUGGGAGUGCAUGAGGGUGAGAUGGCUGGGCCAUCAGUAGAGUCUGGGUCAGAGGCAUAUAGGAAGAUGCAGAAGAAGUAUAAAGUGUUAGAAGCCAGUGUUGAUCGGGUUCUAGCCUUGGCACAUACACCGGAGGUGGGCUCGAGCAAUCAGACAUCACCAUCAGAGUCUGUGGGUAUAGCCAUGGUUUCAGCUUCAGAGGGGGUGGACAUCCGGGUUGGUGUUCCGUUGGGGAAUCGGAAUACACUCACAGAAGCCAAGUUGGUUGAGCUUCGGACAGAUUAUAGUGUGCCAUCCUAUGUGGGCCUGAGGUUACCUAGUGCUGCGGAUGUAGUGAGAUAUCCUCCGGAGGGUUCAGUGAUGAUAUUCACCGAUAUGUACCAGCAUGGUCUCAGACUACCGUUUCAUCCCUGGGUACAGAUGAUGCUGGCCAAGUUGGGGUAUGCGCCGGGGCAAUACAAUCCCAACUUUUGGCUACUUCUUCAUGGAGUUUACAUUGCUUGGUGGUUGGUUGGGUUGGGGGAGCCAACAUUUGAGCAGUUUAUGUAUUUGUAUUCGAUCUCCAAGCAACAGGGGACCUUUGGCUGGGUACAAGCCAAUUGCCGGAAGGCAAAGGAGAGAGGUUACUUUAUUGGGCAUAAGCCGAGUACGCAGAAGUCUUGGCGGAACAGGUGGUGCUUGGCCUAUGGUGAUUGGGAGUGUCCUCCAGGGAAGACCGUCUCCAGACAUAUUCCAACCCACUUCCAGUCGAUAGGUUCGGUGAAGUGGGGACCGAUCUCCAAGGAGCGAGAAGACGAGGUUGAGAGAGUGAGGUCACUGUUGUCGGAGACCCAGCGUGAGCGUAGAAAACUUAGUCACCCAGAAGAACCUGUACGAGUCCGGACUCUUGCAAGGGAUGGCAGGGAUCAUAAGGGGGAGCACGAAGGUGGCCAUGGAUCUGGAUGA